AUGAAACCCUCGGAUGAGACAAUCGACGGUUCUUCACAUAAUGUGGAAACAAUUUCAUCAUCAGUGUUUGAUAAGCUCACUGACGAGCUCUUAAUCGAAACCCUAAUACGUCUCCCUCUAAAGCCAGCCAAUAUCUGCAAAUGCAUCUCAGUACGUUUUCGUUCUUUGAUUUCAAGUUCAAAUUUCGUUCGCUGUUAUUUGAAUCAUCAUCAAAUCAACGAUUCGUUUGCUCUUUAUUAUGAUUUGGAUGGAAAGCGUAAGAUUCGUCCUUCCUCGGUAGGGAUGUGUAUGGCGUUUGAAUCCCCCAUUUUUGAAUCUCCAGGGUUUUCUUUAUCUUUCCUUCAAGAAACUAUACAUUACCUAGCUUCAAACAACGGAUUAGUUUUGUGUUGUGCUGAUCUAUGUCCUCCGGUUGUUUACUUUGUUUGUAAUCCGUUAACGAAGCAAUGGAUUACUCUACCACCACCUCCUACUGAUGUUAAAGCCAGUUACAUCGGGUUUAUAUGCAAUCCCCAGUAUUCAUGUAAUGAUAAUCAAGAACAAAGAAGGACAACGAGUUUUAAGGUGGUUCGUAUUCAAGUGGCGCUAAGAGAUACAUUGAGUCUGGAAAUAUUCUGUUCGGAGUCAGGGAGGUGGACUAACGAGAACUACAUGUCGAGUUCAACUUCGGUUAAUGAACUCUUCUAUAGAUGUAAUUUCGGGUAUCCCAGUGCUGUAGUUUGUGGAGGAUUGCUUCAUUGGGAUAAUCUUUCAAAGACUGAUAUUUUCACUUAUGAUCCUUAUAGUGGAAUAUGUGGAACUAUCAAGUAUCCACCAGGGAUAACAGAAUCUAGCUCCGAUUAUUGCUUAGGAGAGUCUGCUGGUCGACUUAGAUAUGCAGACUAUUGUAAGAGUAGUAAGACGUAUCGAGUAUGGCAACUCAAAGAUUGCAGCAAUGAUGGUGGUGAGUGGUUUUUGUUGCAUAAGGUUCACAUCUUAGGGAUGAAAUCCACAGUUCAAACAGCUUACAAGGAUCUCAUAGGUCUGCUUCCUCCCCAUCCACUUAAUCAGGAUAUUGUUUUCUUUUGGUGUCUCUGCUCGUUUAAAAUUUUGGAAUACAACAUGAGGACUAAGCUACUGAAGUUACCAUGUUUUCCUCAAGAUGCAAAGGUUAAAUAUUUGAUGAUCCCUGUUGUCUUCCCGUUUGUGCUUCCUUGCUGGCCUACCACAGUUCCUAUAAUUCAGCAGCAUGGUGAAAGCUAG